AUGUCUGAGUCCAACAAUCAUCCCUCGAAGCUCUCCAUUUCGAGAGACUGCACCGACCUGGUCAUCGUAUGCUGCCACGCCACAUACAUCGGCGGUGAUCUGGGAGGCGACCCUCUCAACGAGAAGAACUGGAUCUUGCAACCCUUCCAGCGUGCAGACCCAGCAACCCAUAAAGCUAGCGAGGCUCGCACUUUCGCCGCUCAUUAUCGUGCUGGCGAGGAACUCUGCAAACAAAACGCACAAGCUCUACUACUCGUAUCAGGUGGACGGACCACCAACAGACACUACACCGAAGGCCAAAGCUACCACAAUGCUUUCUCGUCGAUAACUUUAAACCUGCUGAGCGAGUAUGUCGAGUCCUUGGCGACAGACAGCUACCAAAACCUCCUCUUCUCCGUCCUACACUUCCGCCACCUUGUAGGACGAUACCCGGAAUACGUCACCGUGAUCACGCACGCAUUCAAAGCGAAUCGCUUUCUCAUGCUACACGCGCGUGCCAUCAAGUGGCCACAGGACAGAAUCCGAGUGCAAGGCGUCGAUCCGCCAUUCACGCUUGCUGAGCGGGCGCAGACGGAGCAGUUGGAGCGGCAACGGGCGUUCGAGCCAUUCGAGGCGGAUUUGUAUGGUGUGCGAGCGCCGUUGGCUGACAAGCGAAGGGCGAGGAAUUGGGAGCCUAGGGCGCUUGACAGUAUGCCUACUUAUGAUGAGUCUGUUUGGCAGCUCCUGAGGUGGACGGGAGGUUUGAGCGGCAACGAGAUCUUUCCCGGCCGGCUGCCGUGGGAGGAAGAGGGAGAGCAAGAAUGA